ACAUGGCUAUACAACCCGGAAAACUCAAAGCAACCCAGUGAUUCCGGCCAUGAAAGCCUUUGGCAGCCUCCAUGAUUGAGUUUCUGCUUCUUUUCCUACUGCCUUCUAGCUUCCCAAAUAUUAUGAUCUUUUAUGGGAACUCAUGACUUCUCAUGAUAGCAUAACAGUCUAGGCCUCUAAUAGAGUACAGGCCUGUUUGGAGGACCCGGUAUAUUUAUUUACAUUAGACUGUCAUUUAACCAUAUCUCAGGCCCCCUCCACUUAGCUGAAUAAAAUCCCACAUUAUUUACUGGAAUAUAUGACAGUGUGGACUCAUAACCCAGUUCAAAGCAGAUAUUGUGGGAUUUUCUGCCUUGGUAUUCUGGUUUUAUGGCUGUGUGGAAGGGCACUGCCAUAUAUUACAGUUCAAAGCAAAUAAUUUGGGAUUUUAUUCAGCUGUGUGGAAGGGGCCUGGGUUUUAUGGCUGUGUGGAAGGGGCCUGGGAUUAGAUCCUGGAAUAUAGGGACAGUGUGGAAGGGUCCUAGGGCCCCUUCCACACAGCUGAAUAAAUACGACAUUAUCUGCUUUGAACUGAAAUAUAUGGCAGUGUAGACUCAAGGCCCCUCCACACAACCAUAUAACCCAGAAUAUCAAGGCAGAAAAUCCCAUAAUAUCUUCUUUGAACUCUGUUAUCUGAGUCCAUACUGCCAUAUAACCUGAUUCAAAGCAGAUAAUGUGGGAUUUUAUACAGCUGUGUUGAAGGGGCCUAAGUCUACUCCUCCUUUGAAGAUUGUUUUCUGUGAUUAAGACUUCCAGGUGGUUCGAGGAGCCUCACAUAAUUUGCUUUUGCAUUACAUUUUGAUAUUAGAAAGUUAAUCUAUCUCUCAAGAGUUCAUGUAUGUGGGAGUUUAAUUUGUGACAGUAUUAGAAAAAAAGUCAUUCCAUUUUGGAACACCUUGCUGUAAAGCAUCUGCGUAGGUUAAAUGUGAAAGGUAGGUCACUGUAUCUAUUUUUAUCAUCAUACUUAAGCACAUUGUCACUACAUCAGCAAAAACCUGUCCUCGUCUGCUUGUUGCUAGUGUCUCUCCUCACCUCAACCUUGGCCCAGUGCUUCUAAUUUAGGGAAGAAAGUCACAGGGCCAAACAUGUACAAUUGGAGACUUUAGCUGGGUAUUGGACAUAGCACAUUUCUUUUUAACUCUGGGAAAAGCUUAUGGGCAGUGAUUUCUAAAUCGCCACUUAAUUAUUUUUUAGGGAAGCAAAUAUUGGAAUGUUCUCAUUCUAGAAUAAAUAAAUAAAUACUGUUCAAAAAGUCAUUUUAAAAAUUCCAAAGAAAUUGAUAUUGUGACUGCAUAUUAUCUGUGACCAAGGUCUGAAAGAUCUCAGUAAAUUUUGUUUCCAAGUUUACUUUGUGUUUUGAAUGGUUGAUCUAUUACAAAUUCGCAAGUUUCUUUUUUUGUUGACUUUCACAUAUUGACAAAACAAUAACUGCAUUCUUUACAUUUUGUUAUCUAUUUAAAGACACAAUGUGUUCAUCUUGAUGCCUUGAUGUUAUACAAUGCCUGAUCAAUUCAAGAAGGUGAUGACCUCGGAAAAGACAACAGAUACUAUACCUCAAGGGUACUGUGCUUUUCACUAAAUGUCAGUCAUGGCUCUCUGCGAUUACUCUGAUCUUAAAAGGCUUCUUGCACUUCUAAAUGUCCAAUCAAGCAAGCAACAGCUGCCAGCUCUUAAUUUUGAAUGUGCUAAUAAUAGUAUGGUGAAGUCCGAGCAAUUCUGCAGCAACACUUCUGGAGAGAGAAGUAGAGGUCAAUGGCAAGAAUCAACUGAAGCUGUUGAACUUGAACGCUUUAGUAUGAAUUACAAGAAUGAAAGACAUUUUAGCCAGCAUCCACAGCAUGAAUUGUUUCAAGAUAUCUUCACAGCUUUGGUUAAGAACCGUCUUAUUUGCAGGGAAUGGGCUAACCGAGCUUCAUCUACCCAUUUCCUGAGAAUUUUAAUUUGUGUGAGAUUGUUAGUGAGAGAUGCAUGUUAUCAGGAAGCUCUCCACAACCUGGGUGGGAUUGAAAGCUUGGCUCAGUAUAUGGAUGCAGUAGCAAAUGACUAUCUUGGCUACGGAGAGCAACAACAUAAUAUAGACAAAUUGGUCAAUAUGACAUAUAUUUUCCAAAAACUGUCAGCUGUUAAAGAUCAAAGAGAAUGGGUUAUAACCUGUGGAGCACAUAAGACUUUAAUAAAUUUACUUGGAGCUAAGGAAAAUAAUGUACUCUUAGGUGCAUUGCUUGCUCUUACUAGCUUAGCUGAAAGUCCUGAAUGCCGAGAAAAGAUAAGCGAGCUCAACGUUAUGGAAAGUUUGUUGGUGAUAUUGCAUGAAUAUGACUUGCUCUCAAAAAGGCUGACAGCAGAAUUGCUCCGACUGCUCUGUUUAGAAUCCCAAAUUAAAGAGCAAGUAAAAAUCUAUGAAGGUGUCCCCAUCCUCCUCAGUUUGCUCCAUUCAGAUCACAUAAAGCUAUUGUGGAGUAUAGUUUGGAUUCUAGUCCAAAUUUGUGAAGAUCCCGAUACUAGUGCUGAAAUCCGUAUCUGGGGUGGUAUUAAGCAACUCCUACAUAUUUUACAAGGAGAGAGAAGUCUAUUUUCAGAUCGAUCUUCCAUUGGAAGUUUAUCUAGUGCAAAUGCAGCAGGGAGAAUCCAAGAGUUUCACUUUUCAGAAGAUUUAAGCCCUCAUGAGAUACAAGAAAAUGUGUUUUCACUUCAAGCGGCUUGUUGUGCUGCAAUUACUGAACUGGUUCUUAAUGACACCAAUGCUCAUCAAGUAGUUCAGGAGAAUGGAGUCUAUACAAUAGCAAAGCUGAUUUUACCUAACAAACAAAGGAAUGUAGAUAAAGCUAAUUUAUUGCAGUGUUAUGCCUUCAGAGCCUUGAGAUUUCUUUUCAGUAUGGAAAGGAAUAGGCAUCUCUUCAAAAGACUCUUCCCUACAGAUCUGUUUGAGAGUUUCAUUGAUGUUGGACAUUAUGUUCGUGAAAUCAGUGCUUAUGAAGAUUUGGUAUUUAAGCUAAAUGCAUUACUGGAGGAUGAAGUCAAGCAAAUUGCUGAAAAUAUUGAAAACAUUAAUCAGAACAAAGCACCUACAAAAUACAUAGGCAACUAUGCAAUUUUGGACCAUCUUGGCAGUGGCGGUUUUGGAAGUGUUUAUAAGGUUAGAAAACAUAGUAACCAAAACCUUUUAGCAAUGAAAGAAAUCAGUUUACACAAUCCAGCAUUUGGUAAGGAUAAAAAAGACAGAGACAGCAGUGUGAAGAGCAUUGUCUCUGAAUUAACCAUAAUUAAAGAACAGCUUUAUCAUCCUAAUGUGGUACGAUAUUACAGAACAUUCUUAGAAAAUGACAAGCUGUACAUAAUCAUGGAGCUCAUUGAAGGGGCACCCCUAGGAGAACAUUUUCACUCUUUGAAAGAGAAGCAACAACACUUUUCAGAAGAAAGGAUAUGGAAUAUAUUUAUUCAGCUCUGCUUAGCUCUUCGGUAUUUGCACAAAGAGAAGAGGAUUGUCCAUCGAGACUUAACUCCAAACAACAUCAUGCUGGGAGAUAAAGAUAAAGUAACAAUCACUGACUUUGGUCUUGCAAAGCAAAAACAAGAAAACAGCAAACUCACCUCAGUUGUUGGAACUAUUCUCUACUCCUGCCCUGAAGUUGUGAAGAGUGAGCCAUAUGGAGAGAAGGCUGAUGUCUGGGCUGUUGGAUGUGUCCUAUAUCAGAUGGCAACCCUCAACCCCCCAUUUUACAGCACCAACAUGCUCUCCUUAGCCACAAAAAUAGUAGAAGCUGCAUAUGAGCCAGUUCCAGAUGGUAUUUUUUCUGAAAAGGUAUCAGCUAUAAUUAAAAGGUGUUUAACCCCUGAUGCAGAGAAUCGUCCUGACAUAGUUGAGGUCAGUUCAAUGAUAUCUGAUGUUAUGAUGAAAUAUCUAGAUGGUUUAUCAACUACCCAGCUUGUCUUAGAGAGGAAAUUGGAACGGGAGAGAAGGCGUACUCAGAGAUAUUUCAUGGAGGCCAAUAGGAAUGCAGUGACAUGUCACCAUCACCUUGCUGUGUUAUCUCAGGAACAUUAUGAAAAGUCAAGUCUCAGCAGCAGUAGCAGUGGAGCAGCCAGUUUAAAAAGUGAUUUUUUUGAAAACACUGACCUGCCUGAAAUUUUCCAUCACUCUUCUGGAAAAGAUGUUGACAAAACUUGUGAUGAAGCCUUGUCAGACGAUAACUGCACUACAGAAAAAGAUGUCUUCUCAGAAUUAGAUGAUGAACUAGAUGUAUCAGAUAAUUCCAGUAGCUCAAGUUCAAGUCCUCUCAAAGAUUCAGCAUUUGGUAUGAUAAAACGGAGCUUCAGUGCUUUGGAAAGGCAGCCUCAAGCAAGGGAUUAUUUUGGUAUCACAGGAUCCAGACCUAGACCAGCUUUGCUGCCUUUUGAUCUGCUUCUGAAAGCACCUUCACUCAUGUUCAAUGCCAACGUUAAGAACAUAGAGGACUCCCUAGUAACAGGAUGGAAAUCCCAUAGCCUUCCAGCUGUGAUUCUUCGCAAUUUGAAAGAUCAUGCAUCUGCAGGGAUUGCUGUGUCACAACGGAAGGUGCGUCAGAUCAGUGAUCCUAUUCAACAGAUUCUAAUUCAGCUGCACAAGAUCAUCUAUAUCACACAGCUUCCACCAACCUUACAUUGCAACUUGAAAAGAAGAGUCAUCGAGAGAUUCAAGAAAUCAUUGUUCAGUCAGCAGAGCAAUCCAUGUAACUUGAAAGCAGAAAUCAAAAAGCUUCUCCAAGGUUCUCCAGAGCUAAUUGAGCCUAACUUUUUGACAUCAGAUUAUCACCUGUUGCUUCAUUCUUCAGCAGGAAGUACCUUGGUCCUAGAUGACAGACCAGGUUUUCCUAGAACUUUUGACAUGAAUGAAGGAAUGACAUACGAACAAAUGCAGACUGUGAUUGAAGAGGUUCUGGAGGAAUGUGGUUAUUACCAUUUCACCUCAAAUAGGUAUCAAUAUUAUCCAUGGGGAGCAAGGAAUCAUCCAGCCAGAAGAUGAGCACCUGGAUUUCUGUCUAGAUUGGCAUGUUUUGUAAUGAGGUCUAAGUGCCUUGACUUCAGCUGUUAUUGUCUUAUUGCCAAAGGGAAGCACUUUCCUUAAAUCACAGGAAGAGAAAAAUCAUUAUGCUCCAAGGAGCUUACGAAGAGUCAUCCAAGCAGUAGAAUGGAAGUACUGUACACCACUUCUGAUACCUUUUUGAAUGUGUACUAUGGACAGUCUUCGGUAGAUCUGCAUCAAGAGGAGAACAUAAUACUUCCAGUUAAUUUUUCCUUUAUAUUAUUUGGAAAGCACUGAUGGUUAUUCAGGAUUGUUGGAAACAUUUUCAUUUUUUAAAUUUGCUAUUAUAUCAGAGAUUUAUAUUCAUAUGAAGGGUAUAUUUUAUAAUUAAAACAUAUCAGAUUGGGGGUGAUGAAUGAAUAUUUAACAUCUUUGCUAAGUCAGGACAGGAAAUUAUCUCAAAUCCAUUUAGAAUGCAGAUUAAUUCACAGUAGUCAUCCUAAAUAUAUGUAGCCUUUGGGGUAUUGGGGAUUUCUGCUGUAGACAGUAUUAACAAGUCUGUAACUUCUGUUAAUUGUUUACUAUCAAAACUAUAGCUUUAAGGGAAUUCAGAUUCUAUAAACAAAGGAAUGGUAGUGUACAUAAGACAUUUCAAAAGGGUAUAUUUAUAUGUAAUGCUAUAUAUAGCUAUAUAUAGAUACAUACAGGCAUAUACAAAUAAAUAUAUUUAAGUGUAUUUUUAUUGAUAGAUUAGCACACAAUGCACUUUGGAAAAACUGUAUGUUUAUGAAAAAUGCAUGUAAAAUGUGUAUGUGCAAUUAAUUUUUAUCAAAAUGUUUUUCUCUGAAAUUUCAGCUACAGUGACUAGAUAUAUUGUCUAAAAUAAAUUUUAAUGGGAUUCAAUUCAUGGUAGAUCUCCAUUUUAGCUCUGGGUUCUUCUGUAUUUAAGAUGACAUACAGCACCAUACAAAUAGUUCAUGCAACAGGGCUUUUCCUCUCCCAUAUCUACCCAUGAAACCCCCAAAGACUCUUUUGAUCUUCAAGAGCAGAAUUGGAUGAGGUUACAGGAGCUGGAAAUUUUGUUCCACUUGUAGUGUCUGUUUUUUUGGCAGAUGGACACAAUUAUGCUUCAUCCAUAGUGUACAAUGUAUGUGUUAGGAGUGUGCGAAACGACACAGAAUCUGUUCUGUUUUCAGGUGCCCCCCAGGUUCUUGUUUUAGGAAGGUUCUUCCCGAAACGAAAACAGAAGGGAUUCAGACACCCCUAGUAUGUAUGCACUGAUGUUGUUUCUAGACUAGAUUAUUUAUUACAUGCCUUCAUUACUAGUGAGCAUGUUACUAAUAUAGAUAACCUCAUAGUUUGAGAUAAAUUUAGAAUGUAGGAUAGAUUGUAUAUGUCCCCACUGCCCCUAUCUCAGUUUGGCACCACCAUUGUUGAUUAACUUUGGUAUCAGUCAGAAAAGAAUACUAUUUGAAAACUAGACAAAAGUACUUCAAGAACACCAUGAGUAAAGGUUUUUUAAGUUAAGUAUUAUUGCAAUGCUUUGUGCUUUCCAUCAAGGUUAUAUUCUAGCAAUGUUUGCUGCAGUGAGUAUAUAGAGAAAGUACACAUCCCAGAAUACUCAGUGGACCCUCUUGGGCACAAUAAUAAGCCAGGCAAGGGAUGGCCAUUUUAUUCUUGGAGUUUCACAUAUCCUUUCCAUAUUUUUCUUGUUUACCCUGGUGAAAUCAUCUAAAUGACUUAUGGAUGAUAAACACUUCUGUAACAAGGGGCAGGACAUUUCAUAUAGAAAUUCUUGUAGGUUCUAUUGUAUGCUAGCUAAUAGUACCACGUAUAGCUCAUUGGAAAUAGUACAACAGUAUUGUUACAUAUCUGACAACAAUUGUUUGGAUCUAUAAAACCAAGAGCAAUUUUUUUUCUCACACAGAAGCACUUUCCACACAAUGGCAUUUUUACACUCCCCCAAAAGUUGUUCCCAAGGAUCAUAAUUUUUCAUAGCAACAUGAAAUGUAGAAUGGGAGAUAUUAAUUGGGAUAGAGGAAUCGAAAUUUAGUCACAGAAGAAACUGCUUGGAAAAAUCACACACAGAUUUAUAUACCAAUACAUAGACAGUGACACAUUCUAUGAGUUUGAACUAAACCAACAUUGAGAUGCCUCUCUUGCUUUCCGGCAUCCAUCUCACAGCAGGAUAUAUGCUCUUAGUUCUAAGUAAAUAUAUGGCCUGCCAUAAAUUCCAUACAAUUGUUAAUACUACAAGGUACCUAGGAAUAUGAAUACACACACACACACACACACACACACACACACAUAUAGGCUUGUAAUUCAUGUUGCUAUGAAAAUCUUCAAACCAAAUGCUUAUACAAUGAAACUGAAUUUCAAAAUACCAUCUGUAAUGCCCUGUUAAAUUGUGAAACAGGGACCAUUCUGAGAAGUGAUUACACAUUUUGAAAUUUCAGAUAAUAAAGUAUGCUGAUUGCUUUUAAAAA